AUGGAUAAAACUAUCAAAUAAAAAUAAAAUGAAGUUUAAGAACUUAAUAAUUAAAUUGAAUCUGAAGGAAAUAAUUUAUAAGAAUUAGAAGCCGAUACUUAUGAUAUGGAUAUGAAAUUGUGUAUGUUAAAACUCGAAAAGAAUUCAAAUAUAUUCAAAAUUAGUUAUAAAUAAGCUUAGUCCAAAAAAUAUGAUGAUUUAGUUAAUAAAAAUGCGAAAUUAACUUAUCCAGAAUCAUAAUUAAUAAUAAAAUAUUAAGAAUAAAAAGAAAUAAAUAAUAAUAUUUAAUAAUGUAUCGAAUAACUUUUAUAAGAAUAUCCUUAAUAUUAGUAGGUUUUAGCACCAUUAAUAGAAGUUUAAAAUUUUGAAUAAUGA